AUGCACCAAAGGUACAGGGUUUUCGAUCCACUAUCAAUUCGAGCGGCACGCACAUCCGUUCAGUACGACGAGCGUACCUACUGUCGCUACAUGUCGAUUAUUACAAUGUUCUGGCUUCUCGCCAAAACCUACGUCAUAUUCGCGUUUUGGCGAAUGGUGAUAUGCUUAUUCCAAAAUCUCGCACGCGAUGACUAUAUGGCGAUUAUGAAUCGGCGGCAAUCAUACGACGACAACGAUUUCGACGACGAUGAUGACGGCGGACGCGAAGUUCUAUUCAUUCAUCAUAUUCAAUUAGAUAGUUGA